AUGCAACAGUUCUAUGACACUAUUGACAAAGCACUUGCAGAAAACAUACAAAAUAUAAUAUUACUUGGAGACAUGAACGCAAAAAUAGGAGAGCCAAAGUAUGGAGAAAACAUAGUUAUGGGGAAAUAUGGGUAUGGUAAAAGAAACAGCAGAGGAGAGUGUUUUAUUAAAUUCUGUUUAAAGCACAAACUGAAAAUUGUAAACACAAUGUUCAAAAAGCCAUACAAAUUAAGAUGGACAUGGCAAGCACCCAACGAAUAUACUAAAAAUGAGAUAGAUUUUAUAGCGACAAAUAAACCUAAAUUAGUUGAAAACAUAAACGUUAUUACCUCUCUUAAACACCCAAGUGAUCAUCGUCUGGUACGCGCAACAUUAAAUAUAAAAACUUCAAAAAAAUCACGAUCGACUUAUUGCAAACCUAAUGUAAAGUAUAUAGAUUAUAAAAAGUUUAGAAAUGAAUUACUGAAAUACGAGUACAAUGAUAACCAAUCAAUUCAAACACAAUACAAUGAUUUAGAACAAAAUAUUAUUAGAAGCUCCAAAAUUUCCUGUAUCACAAAAAGUAAAGAAGAAAGCAACCACGUCAUAACGCCGGAAAUAAUUCAACUUCAAGAACAAAGACAAAUGUUAAAAAAUAAAACUAACAAAACAAAAGAAGAAAAACACUUACUUAGCAAAUUAUACAGAAUAAUACACAAAAAAAUAAAAAAUAACCUCUACCAAUACAAAAUUAGAGUCAUAGAAGACCACUUGAAAAACACAGGAGCUGUAAAAAAAGCGUACAAACAUCUAUCAAGAUCAAAACAAGUUAUAAGUCAACUUCAAGAUACAGCUGGUCUCAUAAGCACGAGUAGACAAAACCUGUUGCAAAUUGCCACCGACUUCUACCGAAAACUAUAUGAGAAAUCGGAUGACUGCCACACAGAGAGCAACUUCCGCCUUGCUGUUAACACAGAACCAGUGCCGCAAUUUAUUGAAAGCGAGAUAGAAUGUUCGAUAAGAAAUCUUAAAACCGGUAAAAGUCCAGGAACCGAUGGUAUAACCAAUGAAAUGAUCAUCGCGGGCAUAGACGUCCUGACCACUCCGCUUACCAAAAUAUUUAACGACAUUCUGGAAUCUAAAACGAUACCGCAGCAAUGGACCAGCUCUGAAAUCACACUUAUAUUUAAGAAAGGAGAUCCUAAACUAAUAGCAAACUACAGACCUAUAAGUUUAAUGUCGUGCUUGUACAAAGUUUUUGCAACAACACUACUAAGGCGAAUAACGAAAAUAGUAGACGAGAACCAAUCACUCGAGCAGGCCGGCUUUAUACGCGGUUUCUCUACGGUGGAUCAUAUUCACACAUUAAAAAUCGUUAUAGAAAAAUACUGCGAAUAUAACAAACCUCUCUACAUUGCAUUCAUUGAUUAUAGCAAAGCUUUUGACUCAAUAUUACACGAGUCAAUAUGGCAGGCGCUAGCGGAACAAGGUGUAAAUGAUGACUACGUAAAAUUAAUCAAAGAAAUAUACCGUGCAAGCACAGCUACUAUAAAGCUAAAAGGUCAAGGACCAACCUUUAAAGUGGAAAAAGGGGUAAGACAAGGCGACCCUCUGUCUCCGAAACUAUUUAUAGCGGUUUUGGAAUUUGUAUUUAGAAGAUUGAACUGGUCAAAUAAAGGAUUAAAUAUCAAUGGUCGAUACUUAAGUCACUUAAGAUUUGCUGACGACAUAAUAUUAUUCUCUGAAACCGCUGAAGAAUUAGAAUACAUGAUAAAAUCACUCGCCGCACAGAGUAGAUUGGUAGGACUGAAGAUUAACGAAAGUAAAACUAAGGUUAUGACAAACAGGGAGCAAAUACAGAUCACUGUGGAUAACACACCGUUAGAAUACGUUGAAGACUAUAUCUACCUUGGACAUUUAGUUUCCUUCAAGUCGAGUAUUGAUAAAGAAGUAGAAAGAAGAAUUAAAAGGACAUGGAACAAGUAUUGGUCAAUGAAAGAAGUAUUUAAAAGUAAAAUCCCUAUUGAAUUGAAAACAAAGGCCAUGAACAUUUGUCUCCUACCCUGUCUUACAUACUCGUGUCAAACCUGGCCAUUAACAAGGAAAAAUCUGUACAAACUUAAGACAUGUCAGAGAGCAAUCGAGAGAAGCUACCUAGGACUAAAACUCAAAGAUAAAGUAAAAAACAAAGUAAUAAGGAAUCAAACAAAAGCAAAAGAUGUAGCUAAACAAAUAUUACGUCUAAAAUGGAAAUGGGCCGGACAUACACAACGAGUGAAAGAUGAACGAUGGACAAAAAUAAUAACCAACUGGCUGCCCAUCGAUCACAAAAGAAGGAAAGGAAGGCCAUAUCAACGGUGGUGCGACGACAUAGCCAAAGUAGCGGGUCACUGCUGGACACGGUUGACGACUGACAGGACGACGUGGAGCACUCUGGAGGAGGCUUUUACCGCGCUAGGCGGCCCUUAUAAUGAAGAUGAGUAG